GAGCUUAUUUACCAUGCGGCAGAAUAGUCGGCUCUGAGGCGUCUGGCACAGGAUGCGCACACGCAAAUACUAUAAAGGACCGUGCGUUUCUAAACACGUGCCAUUGUAUUUUUGUUACAAACAAACCAUCGUGAAGGUAACAGCUGCUGUCCGUCGAAAAAAAGUCCUCCUCGGAGUUUAAAAGAAUAUGGCCAUGUUUAGGAUGAAACCACUGUCGUUUUUGGGACCUAAUGUGUACCCCGCGCCCCCUGAUGGGGGCUGGGGCUGGGUGGUGGCUGUGGCCUUUUUUGUGGUGGAGAUGUUCACAUAUGGCAUCAUCAAGAGUUUUGGCAUCUUCCUCCAGGAUCUGAUGGAAGAGUUUGGAGAGACCAAUAGCAGAGUAUCCUGGAUUGUUUCUAUAUGUGUAUUUGUCAUGACCUUUAAUGGUCCUCUCUCAUCUGUGAUGACAACUCGUUUUGGGUUCCAACCCGUUGUUAUGCUCGGAGGAUUACUAAUAUCAUCUGGAACUAUAGCAACCAGCUUUACCACCUCUGUUAAUCAAAUGUACCUCACAUAUGGACUAGUUGCAGGCUUUGGUUACUGCCUGACAUUCUUACCCACUGUGACCAUCUUAUCCCAAUACUUUAACCGCCAACGAUCUUUGGUCACUGCUUUAGCUUCCACUGGGGAGUCACUGGCCAUGUUUGCCUUGGCACCAGGUUUUUCUGCACUGAAGGAUAAAAUUGGCUGGAGGCACACUAUGGCAGUGAUGGGGGGUUUGCAAGGCACUAUUAUUAUAUGUGGUGCCAUGCUGCGGCGAAUCAUCAUUGAUCCGAAUGUCAAAAAGGAAACAGAAACAGAAAACACUAAAUCCUUACCAGAAGAGAUGAACGAAGAGGAUUCUGUGAAACAUAAACUCUCUUACAGCCAGGAGAAUGAACUAACUGGAGACUCUGGUAUUCAAUCUUUGAAGGACACCGAUAUCAGCAGCCCUGAGGUCAAGACUUUAUUAGAGAAAAGUACGGGAAAUAAAUGCAAGGAGACACAAAACAAAGACAUUGAAGAUCAGGUGCCACCAAACAGUGAAAACCUCACUGUCAAGAAAUCCAAACUUUUAGAUUUCUCCAUCCUCAAAGAACACAGCUUCAUCUUCUACUCUCUAUUUGGACUGUUUGCAACACUUGGCUUUUUUGCUCCACAACUUUACAUAAUAGAGCUUAGCGUAAGUUGGGGCGUGGAACGGGACCGUGCAACCUACAUGCUCUCCAUAAUGGCAGUGGCGGAAAUUCUGGGUCGUUUCUCCAUUGGCUGGAUCUUGACCAGACCCUGCUUGUUGAAGAAGAAGUUGCUCGUGCUACUGGUCUGUAUAGUUAUAAUGACAGCAGAUCUGGUUGGAUUCACUUUGGUGAGGGAGUUCUAUGGCCUGGCUGUGUGCUGUGCAUUGUAUGGCUUUUUCAUGGGGACUGUUGCAUGUACUCACAUCCCCUUAUUAGCAGAAGAUGAUGUUGUGGGAAUAGAACGCAUGUCUGCAGCUGCUGGAGUAUAUGUCUUCAUGCAUAGUUUUGCUGGAUUGGCUGGUCCCCCACUUGGAGGUGUCCUGGUGGAUGUCACUGGCAGCUAUGGAUCAGCUUUCUACUCCUGUGCAGCUGGAAUGGCUUUAAGUGUUAUAUUCCUGGCUUUAGUACGACCUGCAAAAAGAGGAUUAAUUUGCAAAAGAAGAAAUUCAAAAUGCUCAGAUUCCACGCAACAGAGAGCCAAAUAUAUAAAGGAUGCUAGCACUAACAAUAUUUCUCAGGAGAAUGUAGCUUUAGAACAAACAUGUGAUGCAGAGGCCACACAAACUGACCAGAAUGUUCAAACUUAACUUGACUGUUUAUAAAUGGUCUUGGACUGCUGCUCCUCUAAUGAAAUGAUUACAACAAAGUACUUUUUAUAUGUGAGUAUUUGGAUGUUUAUUUUAUUUUAUUUUAUUGUUUUUACAGAUUUUAUGCUAUGUGGCAAACAGCUCAUCUGAAUUUUUUUUUAUUUAAUUAAUUUUAUUUUUUUAAGAUAUACAAAACGCACAUAAUGUUAAAACUUGACAAACUAAAUACCUGUUGCCAGACACCUACAGUGCCACAGAUAAACUCUGUAAAAUACUACAGCAACAAGCACGUGAAAGUUUUCCAUUUUACAGUAACAUUAAAAAAUCUUAAUUUAUAUCAACAAACGCAUUAAUCUCAGGACUUGAUUUUGUACUUCAUAAUUUUUAUACUGUUUUUUUUUAUCAAGUACUUUAUCAGUUAAUAAAAACAAAUUUUACAGUAUGGAAAGGUUAUUUACAAAGAGGCUAUUUUUGUAAGAAAAUAUCACAAUAAAGCUUUUUUGUGAUUAAAAUACUAGCCUAUAAGUUUUAUUGUUUUUUAUAUUACAAUAAAUAAAUGUUCCAUGUUCCAUUGUCACAAAUAAGAACACACAACUAAUAUAGUCAAAAUGGCUAGUGAGGUAUUACAGAUAGAUUUUGCACAGACACAUCAUUGUAAGAACUAAAAUGUGUUAAAAUUGCAACAGCCUAAAUGUAAGAUAUU